AUAUUUGCGUAAUGUUUAUCCUGGCGUAACAUAUACGAAAGUGAUCCAGAUUUAAUAUGACGCAUCGAACGUUGCAAAAGUAUUAGAGGGAGGAAAUAAAUUCACCCCUUGUACCAUAAAUGCCAAAUUGUCUUGCAAAUUGGUUUUGUUUAUUUAUGUCGAUCUUUUGACCUUUGACGAACAGUCAAAAUGUUACACUUUCAAUACACAUACUUGAAAACGUGAUAUAAUUGAUGUCAAUGAACUUUAGCUGUAUAAAAUUAGUCUAGUUGUAAUUAUGACUCGGUCGUUAAUUUUAAAAAAACUAUGAGUCUCUGAUUCUCAUCGUUACCGUAUCACUAAUUUUCAACACAAGUGCUAAAAAUCUUACCAAAGAGAUAUGUCGACUGGCAGUACAAGAAGCGCUUUCUAUGGGAUUAAGUUUUCCACAGCCUGAAAAGUUACCAAUAUUCUUGAAUCCAACUACUCAAAGUGAACAACGACAAAAGCCGAAUACAGAAAAUCGACAAUUAUCACGAGAUAAUGAUCGUACUAGUAACACAACCACUUCAACAACGGUAGAUGAAAAUUCAAGAAAUGCUAAAGAAUCCUUAUAUUUAUGGCUCUCUGAGACACAACUUAAUCAAUUAUUGGAGUAUAACUUUCUGGAUACAUAUCGAGCUCAUGCUGGUCAAGGUAGGAGUUUAUCCGACUUAACUUGGGAUGCUAAUCAUUCACAAUUAUAUCAUCAAAGUUUGUGUUACUCGUUGGAUAGCGAUUUACCAAAGCAUACAUGUUGUACAUUUCAAAUGGAAUUAGGAUUAUUACAGAAAACUACAGAAGAAUUGCAUCAAAGUUUAUCAACUUACUUAGGACGAUGGCAUAAAGAACUGGCAAAAUUAAGAACUGCUUUAAGAGAUCAAUUAAUUGAAAGUCUUGAAUUAUUAAAAAUUCAAUUAAAUCAAACAUUUUGUUCAUAUGAAUUCAUUAUUAAUAAUCAUUCAAAUGAGAAUUCUACAAAUUAUACAUGGAAUUGUUGGUAUCAUAUUAUGGAAUUAAUAUCAAAAUUUCGUUUAAUAUUAGAACAAUCAUUUUUAACACAAGAUGAUAUUAUAUUAGAUUUAAUGUUUCCAGUUGAUAAUUAUUUAAUGCAAUCUCUAUUAGAAACAUCAUGUCAAACUUAUAUGACGGAUUCAAAGAAUAUACAAGCUGAAGAAUUAGAUGAAAAGAUUAAAUGUCAUGAAUAUUGUCAAGCACGAUUAAAUUUAAUCUUUGAUUCAUUAACUGGUCAUUCAGAUUUACCAUCUUUAACUAGAAAAUCAAGAAAUUUAUUUGUCAAUAAAUUAAAUCGUCAUUCAUUAUACCGAUUAACGAAUCAUGAAAAUAAUCUAAUGAAACAUGAAGAAAAGCGAAUAACAAAAAGUAGAAAUGUAAAAUCAUCAAAUAACAUCAAUAUUCAUAAUACUGAUGAUAAUGAUAUAAAUCAAAUGAAUAAUUUUCUUAUUGAAGCUGAACAAUAUCGAAUGUUAUAUAAACCUGAAUUAGUAUUUACAUUCAGAUUAAAUCGUAAAUUAAUUCAAUCAUUAGAAUUAGGUGAAUCAUUAAUUGAUGGAUUGAAAAAUUUCAAUAUUGCUCAAGGUACAUGUAUGCGAAAACUAAUGCGUAUGCAUUAUUGUGCAUUAUGCGCUGGUGAAACUUUAACAAGACCAUGUCCCGAAUUAUGUUUAAAAAUUUUAUUAGAUUGUUUAAGACCACUUAGUCAACUUAAUCCACAAUGGUAUCGUUUCACAGAAACUAUCAAAAGUGUGGCAGAUAUAUUUUUAGAAAAACCACAAUUAAGAUUAGAAAGUCAAUUGGAUGAUUUUCCAGAACAUCUUGUAAAUUAUUAUCAUCAAUUAUUGCAUACCUAUCACAACUGGUUACAACCUCAAUGUUCUGGGAUAAAAAGAUUAUACAAUGUAUUUGAUCAACUUAAAAAUAAUUCAAAAACUAUAUUUCAACCAAUAAAGAGUAAUAAUACAAAACGUUUAAAACAACAUAAAAAGAUAUUUGAACAAAUGAAAACAACUAUGGAUGAAAUCACAAAUAUAUGGUCACGUUCAAGUACAGCAUUGUGCUUAGAAUCACCUUAUCUUGCUUUACUCAAUGGAAGACGUGAUCAAUGCUGGAAUGGAACAACUGUUUCAAGUUUUAAUGAAGAGGAAUGUACAUUUUGUCAACAUGAACCAAAAUUACAAGAAACUAUUGUUACAAGUUCACAAAAUGAAAAUUAUAAUGAGAAGUUAUCACCAAGUCGAAAACAACGAACAUCAUUUAUACCAACAAAUGAUUUACAACAACAAUCAAGUGUCAGUGAAACAGAUGAUCUAUUAUCAGCUUCAAUUGCAUCAACUAACUAUUUAUUGAAUAAUCCAUCAUGGAAUUCUCCAUUACAACAUGAUAAGGAAUUAGCUUUUCGACGUGCCAAUGAAAUUCUAGUAAGAGCAUCUAGAGAUUUGGAAUGGUCCGUGAAGUCCUUGUUAGCUGAAACGAACUAUUAUAAUUCAUUAAAUGCCAAGUCUACUUCAAAUGGAAGUGGUAAAUCUAAAGGAAAUACACCACCAGAAUCAUGGGCACGAACUUCAACAUCUCGAAAACCUGAAGAACAAUAUGAAACUGGAAAAACAUCAUCCAAUUCACAUUCAGAUAUGACCAAUUCUUUAGGUUUGCUUGCUUAUGGAUCAAUACUAAACUGGAAUGCACAAGGAGUAGGAGAAGAAGAAGAAGACGAAGAAAUACAACGCAAAAUACCAAUGAAUUCUAAAAAUAAUAAUCCAUCAUCAUCGGAUUCCUCUUCUAAACCAAUACGAAUGACUAUAAAUCAAGGGAAUUCAAAGAAAAAAAAUUCACCUGACAAGAAACAACAAACAAGACCGUUAGAUAGAAAUUCAAAUCUUGGUUCUGGUUUUUUUCCAGGUUGGACAUUAUAUGCAUGGACCCCAAUUAGUUCACCUACUAAAGAACAUACAUAUGGGAAACCUGUAGAUAAUAGUUUAAUUCAAGAAGAAAUAAAUUAUGAUGAAAGUGGUUUUCACGAUUCCAAAGGUGAACUUGAUUAUCCACAAAUGUUCCCUUUUAUGAAUAUGAAUUCACAAGGAUUAAAUAUAUCAAUAAUGGGAUCUGAUGAAAAAUCAUUACGUAAUCAUAGUGUAUUGAAUCCAAAUUAUCAUCAGAAUCUUAAUAAUUCAUUAUGGACAAAUAAACAAAAUACAGAAAAUAAUGUAACAACUAACUUAACUGAUUUAAACAAAAUUCAAGAUUCCAAUUCAAAUAAAAAUGUAGCUGUUUGUGUUAAUCUUCAACGAGAACAAUAUAAGAUUAUAAAUAUUAGCAUAUCUGUGAUGCUUUUAAUUUAUUUAUUGGGGAUAUAAUCUGAUAAAUGAUUGAUAUAUUCACAUGAAUUGCCUUUUUGUCUGUCACACAUACAUGAGCACAUGCACACACACACAAGUAUCCACUUAUGCAUUCAUGCACAUGAACCAUUUCAUAUACCCUACAUUAUAUCAUUUUUCAACUUGUUUUACAAUGAAAAUGCUUACUUUAAAUAAUGUACAGAAAUAUUUGUUUCUCUUUUAGAAGAAGUAUUUAUGAUAGAAUUUUCUUACUUUAUUCUUUAUUAAAUAUCAAUGAAUUUAAUUGAUAACUAUCUAUUGUUGACAAGAAUAGAAGAAUGAAAACACAUGGUAACCAAUUGUAAGAACAUUCAAUAUUACAAUAAUAUACGAUAGGGUUUCUUUAUGAAAUUGUAUAAUGACAUAUUGAUUUGAUUGAGAUGAUUUUUAUCAUGGAUUUCAUUAUUCUCUCCCGUCACCAUCAUCACACUCUCCCCUUUCGUUUUUUGUUGUUGUUCCAUUUCAUAAGAACUUAAACCAUUUAAAUGCUAUUUCAUUCAGAUUUCGAUCAUAAAGUAAAGCGUUUACAUAUAUUAAUUGAAAAAUGUGAAUAAUCCAUAGAAAUUUUACACCUAUCCAUUGAAAUAUCACUCAAUUAUUUCAAUGGUUUAUUAAAUAGAAUGAUAUCUGGUAUAUGAUUAUAAUCAAUGAUAUGAACAAGUAGGGAUAUGAUUAUUCUUUCAUUGUUGUACUUUCUGCUCAGCAUUUCUCUUUGUUUUGUUUGUUUUUUCUCCCAAAUUUCUCUCGUAGAUAGAAAAGACCAAAAACAAAACAAAAAGUAAACUACAUUUCACUAUUAAUAAUCAUUGUAAACUUAUUUACUUCGUUGGAUAAUAUACAUUCAUGAACUGUAAUAUAAUUGACUCAUAUGAUGAUAGUCACUAUUCAGUUUGACUAUAUAGAUUAAUCUAUAGAAUGUUAUUCUUGCAAUGGAUAACAUUUCAUUUAGUAUAAUUUAAGAGACAAAAAAACAAAAAGAAAAGAAAACAGAAAUGAGUAAAUGAUAGAAAAUAACCAUUGAAUAUCAUUCCGUUGAUAAGAUUAUAGUUAAUCUAUAUGAAACAAAUGCAUAAAUCUUUAUUUAUUUAGUGAAUAUAAAUUAAUAGAGAAUCAUAAAAAGUACUAAAUGUACUUUAUAUUUAUUUAUUAUAUCUUAAUUUCUUCUCUUUUUUUUCUUUUUUGUUGUUGUGCUUGUAUUUCCUUUCUGUUUUGUUUUUCUCAUUUUCUCUUUUCAAAUGAUGCCAUUUCAUAUUUUGACUCAUAAUCAGAGAGAGAGAAAUUAAAAUAAAUUUUUUGAAUGC